AUGAUCGCUCCAUCGAACAAUGACAACGACUGCGAACUCCAAGAGUUCUUCAAAGUUAUUUGGCUUGAUGAUCAAGUAGGAAAAAAUGAAGAAGCUUUGGAAUUACAAUCGAAAUUGCAAUCUUCAUUAUUUCAUUGUUCAGUUUUAAUCGCAUUUGAAGACGCAAAAGAAUGCGAAGAAUACUUACGACAAUAUGAUGAUGACGAGAAAAUUGUCUGGAUUGUUUCUAGAAAUUUAGGUCAAACAUGUAUCCCUAAUGUUCACGAUUUAUUAGCAAUUUCUGUCAUUUAUGUCUAUCGUUUUGACAAAAAAGUACACGAAGUGUGGGCGCGACAGUACAAAAAAAUACUAGCAGUCACCUAUGAUGUGACUGAAUUAUUUCCCAAAUUAUCGCUACAUGGACGAAUGCAAGACCGUCUGUUGUGUUCAUUCUCUGAUUUUACCGCAGAUGAGCAGUCAUCAACAAAACUUAAUGUUGAAUUCAUGUAUUCUCAACUGAUUGUUGACAUUUUGAUGCAAAUAACACCAUUAUCAACAGAUCAAAAACAAUUUAUUGAGAUGUGUAAAAAUGAAUACCGCAAUGAUAAAUGUGCAUUAAGUCGAAUUGAUGAAUUCGUUUUGAAAUAUGAACCGAAGUAUGCUUCUUGGUGGUACACAUGUGAUUCAUUUGUUUAUCGUCUAUUAAACAAAGCAUUUCGUUUAAAAGACAUCGAUAUGUUAUUUCUCUUUCGCUUUUUUAUUCGAGACUUGUAUGAACAGUUACAAGAACUCUCUUACUCAGGUGAACCAGAGAAUGUUCUGCGUGUCUACCGAGGACAAUCGUUAAAACCAGAUGAAUUCGAACGUCUCAACUCAUCUAUUGGUGGGUUUAUUUCACUGAAUAGUUUUAUCUCUACCAGUCGUCAUCGUACAUUGGCCGAGGUAUAUGCUGGCCCAACAGGAGUUUUAUUUGAAAUUGAAUGUCAUUCACUUCAUCUCUCCUCUAAGGAAGCAACAAAGAGACCAUUUGGUGACAUAUCAUCAAUGAGUAGCUUUGGCGACACAGAAGCAGAAGUGUUGUUUAUGCCUGGUUCAGUAUUUCGGCUUGAUGAUAUCAAGAGCGAUAAUAGCAAUAUCUCGGUUAUUAAAUUAAUAUUAAUUGCAAAUGAUGCAACUAAUUAUCCAUUGAAACAACUCCAUCAAUAUAUGCAAAAUCAUCUGCUCCAUGAAGAGAAUAAUUGGGCAAAACUAAUAGGACUCGGAACACUGUUGAAAGAAAUGGGUAAGAGAGAUAAAGCUGGACAAUAUUAUCGAAAAUUAUUAGAUUUCAGUAGUGAAAAGGAAAAUGUCACUGAUUAUGUUCGACAUGCGAUGGACAUGCAUGACAACGAAGAACCGAAUGAUGAGCAACUGAAUUGUUUUUUGAAAGAAUUAGUUAAAUUUCGUCAAAACUUUCCUGAGAAUGAUCGAAAUAUUAUUAAUUGUCACGGUUUAAUUGCUGAAACAUACCGCCGACGAAACAAUAUGCAAUUGGCAUUCGAGCAUUGUCAAAUUUCUCUUCUUCUGGCACUCGAUAACGGUAAUUAUCCUUUGCUAAUCGCUGCACGCUAUCAAGCCCUUGGUUUUUUGUAUGAUGCACAAGGAAAUGAUGCUCAAUUAGCUCUUGAGAAUCAUCGUCAUUCCCUGGCCAUUCGAGAGAAUUAUUUACCUAAAUAUCAUGCUGACUUAGCUGAUGCAUACAAAUAUGUUGCCUUGGUUUAUCAUCGAAUGAAAGCCUACCAGGAGUCAUUAAACUAUGACAAAAAAACACUCGAAAUUCAAAUGCAUUGUCUAACUCACUCUCAUCAUGACCUUGCAUUCACCUAUUGGAGGAUCGGAUCUUGUUACAAUUUAUUGAAACAGUAUCAACAAGCAAAACAAUACUAUCAGCAAGCUUUCACAAUUUUUCAGAAAAGCCCUGCCAGAGUUAAUGAAACGUUAAUUCAGAUGGAAAGAAUCAUGCAAAAUAAUGAAAAACUUUUGCUGGUCGAUUAG